UCAAACCGCCAACGUGAAGAAGAGAACAAUAAACUAAAAAUUCAGAUUGAGAGAGAGAGAGAGAGAGAGAGAGAUCACAUUCCUUCUUCAAUCAUCAUCGGUCGUGAUUUUCACAAUGUCGAAGCAAACAUACAAAGUAUGUUUCUGUUUCCGUCGGAGGUAUCGACACACCGUCUCGGUAGCACCGCCCGAGAUCAAGACACUUUUCGAGCAUUAUUCCGACAAAGGUCUCAUGACGACCGAUCUCCUCCUUAGGUUCUUGAUCGAUGUUCAGAAACAAGACAAAGCGACGAGAGAAGAAGCUCAAGCGAUCUUCAACGCCUCAUCUUCUCUUCUUCAUCGUAAUGGUCUCCACCUUGAUGCUUUCUUCAAAUACCUUUUUGGUAUUAACAACUCUCCUCUUGCUUCUCAUGAGGUGCAUCAAGAUAUGGAUGCUCCAUUGUCACAUUAUUUUAUAUUUACAGGACAUAACUCGUAUUUAACUGGUAAUCAACUGAGUAGUGAUUGCAGUGAAGUGCCUAUCAUUGAAGCAUUGAAAAAAGGUGUUAGAGUUAUUGAAUUGGAUAUUUGGCCUAACUCUGAUGAAGAUGGUAUCGAUGUUCUUCACGGAAGGACGCUUACAUCACCUGUGGAGCUGAUCAGAUGUCUAAGAGCUAUUAGAGAACAUGCCUUUGAUGUAUCUGACUAUCCAGUUGUUGUGACCCUUGAAGAUCAUCUUACUCCUAAACUCCAAGCUAAAGUUGCUGAGAUGGUUACAGAUGUAUUUGGAGAAAUGUUGUUUACUCCUCCUUCCGGGGAAUGCUUAAAGGAGUUCCCAUCGCCCUCUUCUUUGAAAAACCGUAUUAUGAUCUCAACUAAACCUCCUAAAGAGUAUAAAGCAGCAAAAGGUGAUGAUGAUGUGGUGAAAAAAGGUAGGAAUAUGGGUGAUGAUGAAGUUUGGGGAAAAGAAGUUCCAAGCUUUAUUAGAAGGGACAGAAGUGGUGACAAGAAUGAUACAAAUGUAGAUGAUGAUGAUGAUGAAGAUGAUGACGAUGGUGAUGAAAAGAUUAAGAAGAAUGCGCCACCGGAAUACAAGCAUUUGAUUGCAAUCCAGGCCGGGAAACCGAAAGGUGGAAUAACUGAAUGUUUGAAGGUGGAUCCUGAUCAAGUAAGACGGCUUAGCUUGAGUGAAGAACAACUUGAAAAGGCCUCAGAAAAAUAUGCUAAACAGAUUGUGAGGUUUACUCAGAGGAAUUUGCUUCGGGUUUAUCCGAAAGGAACUAGAAUUACUUCAUCGAACUACAACCCUCUGGUUGGUUGGAGCCAUGGAGCUCAAAUGGUGGCUUUUAAUAUGCAGGGACUUGGAAGAUCAUUGUGGGUAAUGCAAGGAAUGUUUAGAGGCAAUGGAGGAUGUGGCUACAUCAAGAAACCUGAUAUUUUGCUGAAACCGGAUUCUGUCUUUGACCCGGAAGCUACAUUACCAGUUAAAACAACACUAAGGGUAACUAUAUACAUGGGAGAAGGAUGGUACUAUGAUUUUCCUCACACACACUUCGAUGGAUAUUCUCCACCUGACUUCUAUACAAGGGUCGGAAUCGCUGGAGUUCCGGGGGAUACAGUAAUGAAGAAGACAAAAACGUUAGAGGAUGACUGGAUACCAGCUUGGGACGAGGUUUUUGAGUUCCCAUUAACAGUUCCAGAGCUUGCUCUUCUACGUAUUGAGGUACAUGAGUAUGACAUGUCUGAGAAAGACGAUUUUGGAGGCCAAGCUUGCUUGCCGGUCUGGGAGCUGAGGCAAGGAAUACGCUCCGUUCCGCUGCGUAACCAGGAUGGUGUCAAGUGUAGAUCCGUGAAGCUUCUUGUGCGGUUGGAGUUUGUGUGAGUAUAUUACAAGAAAUGUUUUUUUUUUGUUUGGUUGAAGUACAUACAAGUAAACCGAGUUUGUGAUUUUGGUUUAUGGGUUUGGUUAUAGUGUGAAUGUUCUUUAUUGGUUUGGUAUAAGGAUUUGUAAUUUUGUGCUGUGUCUGUGAGUUGAAAGCAACGUACAAUUUUAUAUGCUACUAUUUUUAUAAAGUUUGUAAUUUGCGCAUACAUUACUUGAAAUGAAGUAAUUCAAAACUUGUAAAA